AUGGAUCUUUUGACACAACUUCAAGAUAAAUUAGAUCACCUUUUCCUUGUUUUUGGUACUUUCAUUGGUGUACUACAAAGAGAUGCACCUGCUUCUUCUUUUGAAAAUGGAUUGCUUCUACAGGACAAUGAAACGUUAAGUAAAUGGAGCACACAGACCAAAGAAAUGGCUUUACAGGUGAUUGAGACUUCUAAACUCAUCGAAUCAAUCAUUGAUUCGCUGCCAGGAUUCAACAGAAACGAAGAAGACCAAUAUAAUAGACUACGUGCAUUAAAUGAUGAAUCAAUACAACUCAAUCAAACUAUAGAACAAACAAAGAAAGAUGCAGGAAAUGUUAUCACUAGUCAAAGACGUUAUAAGACUGAUAUCAAAUGA